AUGAACGGGGUUCUGGAUGAUGAAAAGGACGAUGAAAUCGAGCAUCUCAAAGAAAUCGGAACUCUUGCACUUUUAAACGAAACCGAUCAAAUUUUGGAACUACAGACUAUUCUCAAGGACAAGAACACCGAGCACUCGGAUUUCGUGUUUUAUGCUGAUCGCCUCAUGCGCUUAGUCAUCGAAGAAGCUCUUAACAAGCUACCAUACAUGGAAGUUACGGUCACUACACCGACCCAUUGUCACUACAAAGGCAUACAAUUCAUGCGCGGCAAUUGCGGAGUGAGUCUUUGUCGUAGCGGUGAAGCGAUGGAAUUUGCGCUGAGGCAGUGCUGCCGAUCGAUUCGUAUCUGCAAAAUGCUAAUCGGGGACGAGCAGCGAGUGUUAUAUGCUCGGCUGAUUCCAGAUAUGUCUCAUCGUCGUGUUCUGCUGCUUUAUCCGGUUGUAAGGUACGGCAUUUAG